CCCUAUUGAGGAAGUAAACAGAUAGUUGGUUUUUUCGUGGUUAGUCGUGGGCACCCUUGGAGGAAAGAUGUGGUUGAUUGUGUCACUUGUAGUCACCUUGAGUCUUUCAGGUUCAUCAGCAGUGUGUCCGUGUGAGCAUGAGCAGCUGUGUCAGCCCGUUCAGCAGGAACAUGAGUUUGAGGUAUUCGUAUUUGAUGUUGGGGGUAAAGGCUGGAAGUUUUAUGACUGGUCCCAUGUGACGACAGUUGCUACUUUUGGAAAAUAUGAUGCUGAGCUAAUGUGCUAUGCUCAUUCUAAAGGGGCACGUGUUGUUCUGAAAGGUGUUGUACCCCUCUCGGAUAUGGUGGAUGUUGGCAAAAGGACAGCUUGGAUCACAGAAAAAGUCAAUUUGGCUAAAAGCCAGUUCAUGGAUGGUAUAAACCUUGACAUUGAGCAGGCUGUUGAGGAGUCUUCCCCUGAGUACUAUGCUUUGACUGCUCUUGUCAGGGAGACCACAGAAACAUUCCAUAGAGAAAUUCGGGGCUCUCAGGUAUCAUUUGAUGUGGCUUGGUCGCCUAAGUGCAUUGAUGAGCGCUGCUAUGACUACAAAGCAAUUGCAGAUUCCUGCGACCUGGUUUUUGUCAUGUCUUAUGAUGAGCAGAGUCAGAUCUGGGGGGACUGCAUUGCAAUGGCAAAUGCGCCUUUAAAUCAAACACUAGCAGCAUAUGAUCAAUACAUGGGGAUGAAAAUCGAUUCAAAUAAACUGGUGAUGGGAGUUCCAUGGUAUGGUUAUGACUACCAGUGUCUGAACUUGUCUCAGGAGGGCAUCUGUACAAUUCCUAAAGUGCCUUUUAGAGGAGCGCCUUGCAGUGAUGCAUCUGGAAAGCAAAUCCCUUACAGAACUAUGAUGAAACAAAUCAGUAGCUCUACGUCUGGGAGGCUCUGGGAUGAAAUCCAACAAGCUCCCUACUAUAAUUACCAGGACGGUAAGGGGAACAUUCACCAGGUGUGGUAUGACGAUCCAGAGAGCAUUUCAUUGAAGGCUUCUUACGUAGGACAGCGGCGUUUGAGAGGAAUCGGCAUGUGGAACGGAAAUCUCCUUGACUACGGAAAUGACCCUGUUGCCCGUCAGCAAAGUGCUGAAAUGUGGAAUGCGCUCAUCCCAAAACAUGCACCAUCUAUGACUGUCUCCUAUGAGGCUACAACUGUUUCUCCUAAUCAGUAGAACAAUUUUUCCAAGUCUAAUAAAAUGCAUGAUACAA